AUGGGUCUGUUCUCGAAGCACAAGGCUCGCCAGGAGCCUACCGAAGGUACAGCCGCCCCAGCUUCGCGUGGUGGCUUGUUCGGUGGCCGAAGUCACGGCAACAAACGUGUUGCCGAAUCCUACUCCAUGUCAAAGCGACCCAGCUUUGGACAAUGGCUCAAGUAUACCUGGCUCGACAUUCUCACAAUGGCCAUCAUGGGCGCCAUUGGCCUUGGUGUCUACGAAGCUCACCCGGCUCCGACUCGUUCGUUCCCCGUUGUGUUCUCUGAUGGCGAGAUUGUGUACCCCGAGUUCGGUUACCCGUUGCGGAAGGAGAUUGUCCCAAUCUGGGCUGCUGCUCUACUGGCAGUCUUUGUACCCAUCGCCGUGUUUCUGUUUAUGCAAAUCCGUAUUCGAUCUUUCUGGGACAUCAACAACGCUACCAUUGGCCUGCUAUACUCACUCAUCACGGCGGCCGUCUUCCAGGUUUUCCUCAAGUGGCUCAUUGGAGGACUACGACCCCAUUUCCUGGAUGUCUGCAAACCUGAUCUGUCUCUUGCCAGUAAUGAGGCUGGUGCUGUCGGUGCCGGAUACAAUGCUGCCGGUUUCAAGGAACUUUACUACACUCGUGAGAUCUGUACAGGCGACAUCGAUCAGAUUGAUGACUCACUGGAAUCAUUCCCGUCGGGACACACUACUGCCGCAUUCGCUGGAUUUGUUUACUUGUACUUGUACCUCAACGCCAAGCUCAAGGUUUUUGCCAACUACCACCCUGCCAUGUGGAAGCUGAUUGCUAUCUACGCACCCAUCCUAGGUGCUGUCCUCAUUGGCGGUGCCUUGACAAUUGAUGAAUUUCACAAUUGGUACGAUAUUAUUGCUGGUGCCAUCAUUGGAACCGUCAUGGCAUUUUCGGCAUACCGCAUGACCUAUGCUGCCAUCUGGGACUGGCGCUUCAACCACAUUCCCCUCAACCGCGGUGCCCCUUUCUCGUAUGGUGGCAGUGGAAUUGAGCUUGGUGAUGCCCUGUGGACACGAAAGGUUGGCUGGGGUAGCGGCGGGCAUGGUUUUCACCACGGCCACCACGGAGAAAAGACCCAUGGUAAUGACUAUGGCCUACCUUCAAACGGCGCCGGGGUCUCGCGUAAGCCAGUAGGCGGCGGCACUGCAAAUGCGGACAAUAUGGUUUAA